AUGAUCCUCGCGCUUGCCUUUCUCCUCUCCACCCACGCCGCGCCCCGGACCUCCUCAUCUCACAGCGGCGGCCCGAACCUCAGCCACGGAAUCCGUGAGCUCAACAAUAUACAACAUUCUCGCAAACUUCUCGCCGUGAAAGCUACAGUUGCUGACGUGGACGACAACGUCGCUGACGUGGGCGGACCUGACCCUGACGUAAGCAUCGCUGAAAGGGCGCCAGCUAAGAAUGAGCUCGAAACGAAUCAGCCCGAGUCCGCCUCCGCGCCCAAGAUUCACGAGGUGACCAUGGGGGAUGUGCUAGUAUCGGAUAACGAAUCGUCGUUAAAAGAGGACAUCUUUGCAAACGACCAGCCUCAGGAGCCUUCGCCCGCUGAAAUUUCUGCCGACAAAGCUUCCUCGACGGCAGACGAAUCGUCUCGGGACGCGGAGCAGCAGGGCAGCAGCGAGCUCAGCGGAGGCGACUUGGGAUACGGCCCGGAGCUCCAGGCGUUUGAUGACGUCACGGAGCCGAACGACAGGAUCGCGGAAGGCGCGGAAGAUGCGGCGGAGGAUGCGGAGGAAGAAGAUACCGACGAUUACUCGUCAGGUGGUGUGUCGGAAGGGAUUGGAAGAAUUGAGGACGACGAUGACGAUGACGUGGAAUGGGAAGAGGACCUCGAUUUCAUGGUGAAAUCCGACGAUGAAGCCGCUUCGGAAAAGGAUGAGCGUCGUGCGGGAGCGACAGCGGAGGCAGCGGGGGGAAUGGCGGAAGGCGGGGGAUUGGCGGAAGAAGCGGAACAGGGGGGGCUGACCGUUACUUCCACGGACGACAUGAAUAAGAGGCCUGAGCCGCAGGUGUUUGACGAUGUUAACGAGCCAGAGGCUAAUAACGCGGAUAAGGCCGACGCGGCUACAGUAGCAGGCGGAAACAACGAAGGAUCUAAUGUUGAAUUCUCGGAGGAAACCAAGGAAAAGGCGAGCAGUGUGGGUGACAAUAAAGAGGGUGACGAGGGGUUGAAGGAGAUAAUUGCGUUUGAUGCGAGAACUCUCCGAAACCCCAUCAGCAUGGUCCUGGAGGAGGAUAUCGAGUCUGCUAAUAAAGGAACAGAGGAAGUUCAAGAGAUAGAGGGGGAAGGGAAGGAGGAAAGUGACGAGAAGGAAGGGCACAGAAGGGUGCUUUGGAUGCUGGAAAAUGCAAUGGAAACGGAGAUGGAGGAGGCUUGA